CGCCUCUCUCCCUCGCCGUCUCGCCAUCCCCCCCGAAUCAGCUCUCCAGGAGAAACCCUAGUACUUUUGUCCUCUUUUCACUUCGUCAAAAACCCUCCUUUGGCUAAUGGAGAUCAAUUUAGGGAAACUGCCAUUUGAUCUCGAUUUCCAUCCUUCGAGUGCGCUUGUUGCAGCGGCACUCAUAAAUGGCGAUCUCCAACUGUACCGUUAUGGCGCAGAUUCCCUGCCGGAAAGGCUCCUACAGGUUAAAGCGCACGACGAGUCCUGUAGAGCUGUUCGGUUUGUAGAUUCAGGCCGCGUGGUUCUGACCGCUUCUCCAGACUGCUCAAUUCUUGCCACGGAUGUGGAGACCGGAAGGGCCAUUGCUCGUUUGGAAGAAGCUCACGAGUGAGCUGACUAACCUUUAA